AUGAAUCAUAGUUCAAUAUGGAGACUAUUUAAAUCUUUUAUAACACUAAAAGUUACUCAAUUACUUAUAGUAUACUUUACACCAUCAAGAUUUGACACGUCAUCAGAUUUAUUAAUCCCAAAAGAGCAAUACAAUUCAAUAACCACAGAAAUACUUAAUAAAUUAAUUACUUGGGAUUCAGUAUAUUUCAAUGAUAUUUUUAUAAAUGAUAUUAAAUAUGAACAUCAAUUUGUAUUUUGUCCAGGAUGGUUAAAUUUAAUUAAAUUAAUUCCAAUUGGAUCAACUUAUUAUUCAAAACAAAUUUUAAGUAUAAUUAUUUCAAAUAUUUGUCAUUUUACAUCAGUAAUAACACUUUAUUUUAUAUUAAAUAACAUAUUCAAAAAUUCAAAAUUAAGUUAUUUGUCAAGUUUAAUGAUGAUAUUUUCACCAGCGGGGAUUUUUUUAACUACAAAUUAUUCAGAAAAUUUAUGUAAUUUAUUAACAUUAUUAACUUUAUUAUGUUAUUAUAAAUCAAUUGAUUUUAAUAAUAUUACAACAAGAAGUAAUAAAAGAAUUAAUAAUACUUUACUUUAUGUAUUAAGUGGAAUUAUAUGUGCAUAUGGGUUUACAGUUCGUGCUAAUACUUUAUUAUUAGGUAUACUUUAUCUAUUUGAUUUAUAUGAUUUCUUGGUAGUGGAUGAAAAUUUAUAUAAAUCUUUAUUACCAAUUUUCACUGGUUCAAUUUUAGGUUUUACAUUUAUUGGAGAAAAUCUUUAUCAUUAUUUAUUAUUUUGUCCAUCAAGAGGAGAAUGGUGUGAAAAUUAUUUCCCAAGUUUAUUUCAAUUUGCUCAAGAUCAUUAUUGGAAUGUUGGAUUUUUAAAAUAUUGGACUUUAAAUAAUAUACCAAAUUUCUUAUUAGUAACACCUAUAAUUAUAUGGAAUUGUUAUUCCAUAUUCAUAUUUUGGAGGUUAUUACCGCAAUAUAAAAAAUUAACAUCAUUAAGUUUUAUUCAAAUUAUUAUGAUUUUUGGUGGUGUAUUUUUUUGGAAUAUUCAAAUUUUGAAUAGAUUAACUAGUUAUUCACCUUUAAUUUAUUGGACAUUAGCAAUAAAUUAUAAUAAAAUUUGGUUUAAAUAUGUUUUAGGAUAUAUGAUAACAUGGAAUUUAGUACAAACUAGUUUAUUUGCGGCUUUCUUACCACCAGCUUAA